AUGUCCACUCGCUUCUUCUCUGCUCCCCUCUAUGUUCUGCUUGCCUUGACGGCCUUUGUUACCACAAGCUAUGCUGCCUCAGCCACCGCCACUCCGGCAACCAUUAAUUAUAAUUACCCCCGUGGCACUGAGACCAGUAUUGCCACAGCAAUUGGCGAGACUCCAACUUUCUAG